AUGACUUCCCUUCCUACAAUGGCUCUUCUCAGUCCACUCAACAGCUCUGUCAACUCUACUUGCGGGAAGGAGAACACAACAGGAGCAGGACUGCCCCACCCCCAUGCCUACUAUGCCCUCUUCUACUGUGCCCUCAUUCUGGCUAUUGUCUUUGGCAAUGUCCUGGUCUGUCUGGCUGUGCUGAAAGAACGUUCCCUGCAGACAGCCACUAACUACCUGGUGGUGAGCCUGGCUGUGGCUGAUCUGCUUGUGGCCACCUUGGUGAUGCCCUGGGUGGUGUACCUGGAGGUGACUGGAGGAGUAUGGAAUUUCAACCGAAUUUGCUGUGUUAUUUUUGUCACCUUGGAUGUCAUGAUGUGCACCGCCAGCAUUCUAAACCUCUGUGCCAUAAGCAUCGACAGAUACAUAGCUGUGGUCAUGCCAGUUCGUUACCAAUACAGCUCUAGCCAGAGCUCCUGCCGGCGGGUUUCUUUCAUGAUUGCUGUGGUCUGGGUGUUGGCAUUCGCAGUCUCUUGUCCUCUGCUCUUUGGACUCAACACAACAGGGGAUCCCAGUGUCUGUGCCAUCUCCAACCCAGACUUUGUCAUCUACUCCUCAGUGAUUUCCUUCUACUUGCCCUUUGUGGUGACUCUCCUCAUCUACGCUCGGAUCUAUGUGGUAUUGAGAAGAAGGAGGAGGAAAAGGAUUCUCACUCGGCAGAACAGUCAAUGCAUUAGUGUCAAACCUGACUACCCCCCACAAUCUAUCUUUCUGCGGCGGCAUGCAAUUCGGCAUUUCUCAAUAAGGUCCAGAUUUUCCUCAUCAGAAACCACGGGGAAAACAGAACCUACUGAAGAAAAAGAAUAUCCCCCUGGCUGUCAAGAUUCCCUUUUAUCCCAUCUUCAGGUCACCUCUCCAGGAAGGGCCCAUUCAUCUGAGAAACUGCUGGCAGCAAUGGAAUUGAAACGCUACUAUAGCUUCUGCCAGGAUGCCCCUUUGCCUAAGCCAGGACACCAAAAUGAGGAAGGAGAGUUGAAAGGAGCUGGGAGGACUCUGGGAGGGCUGAACCCCACCAUGGCUCCCAAGCUAGGCUUAGAGGUUCGGAAACUCAGCAGUGGCAGAAUGAUGACUUCCCUGAGGCUGAGUUCCCAGCAGCCCCGUAGUGUUCCACUUCGAGAAAAGAAAGCAACCCAGAUGCUGGUGAUCGUUUUGGGGGCUUUCAUUAUCUGCUGGCUGCCUUUCUUCUUGACCCACAUCCUCAAUACUCACUGCCAGGCCUGCCAUGUGCCCCCAGAGCUCUAUAGUGCCACCACAUGGCUGGGUUAUGUGAACAGCGCCCUCAACCCUGUGAUCUACACCACCUUCAAUGUAGAGUUCCGCAGAGCUUUCCUCAAAAUCCUGUCCUGCUAAAGGAGGAGAGAAGAGUCACCACCUUUAUUGACUUCCCCUGGCCUCUCCAGGGACAAUGACGAUUGAAACUGUAUAGGGUGGGGCAGUUAGAAGCCUCCUACAUUCUAGGCUUUCACCUGCCAGAAUGCUUGACAUCUUUGUAUUGUAAUUGGUCUUUCAACUUCAGUAGUUCACAUCUUCAAUCCAUGCUUCACAGAAAUGCCCAAGUAAUCUUCUUAAUGUGACACUGAUAUAUGACUCCUAUACACAAAUCUUCAGGCCUCUCCAUUGCUUUCAAAAUAAAAUUUAAACUCCUUAUCCUGGCAUUUAAGGCUCUCCACAAUUUGGCUGCAGACUGUCUUUCCAGUCUUGUCUGACAUUAUUCUGCUGCACAAGCUGUAAGUUUUGUCCAAAUAGGACAACUUGCCAUACUUGUUCUUAUCUUGCUGUCCUCGGGGGCCAUUUCUUUGCUCAUGCCUUCCCCCUAUCCCUGGGAUGGACUACUCUCCUCCCCAUCUAUGCCUGUUAGAAUAUUUCCCUUCCUUCAAGACACAACUCAAACAGUAUUUCCUAUGUGAAUCUUUGCCAGAUCUCCCUUUCCUCAAAUUUUCUGCAAGCACUCUGGUCUAGCUCUCUUCAUUGCCCUUAUCACAUUAUACACUGUGUUGUAUUUAUUGGUCUAUGUGUCAGAUAUUCUUGUAAUCUUGUAAUGAGAUAAUAUAUUUGCAAAGCACUUAGCACAGUGCCUAACACAUAGUAGGUCUUAAUAAAUACUUGUUCCCUCCCCCAUUAUAUUAUAAACUCCCCGAUGCUAGGUAUUCCUAUCCUAUUCUAUUUAUUUGUCUAUAUGUCUGAU